UAUUAUUUAGAAAUAAUAAAAUAUAAAAUAAUGAAAUUUAAGCUCCUUUUUGUGAUUUUAGUCCUAUGUAGUACAUAGGAUAUGCCAGAUUAAGAAUUUCCAAAAAAGACACCAGUAAUUAUGCUAAAUGAUAAUAAUUGAGAUGCAAUAACACAUUUAGGUAAUGAGGGAUUAGAAAAACCAUGGUUUAUUUUCUUUUGGGCUCCAUGGUGUAAAGGAUGUCAUAGAAUAGUUAAAAUUUGGGAGGAAAUGGUUACUAAUUAUAAUGGUACAAUAAAUAUUGGAGCUAUAGAUACGUAAGAAUAAAAGUUAAUAAAGAUAUAAUUAAGAACUUAUUGGUGAUAGGAUUGGUAUAACUAAAUAUCCAACCUUUGUAUUUUUUGAUACUGAUAAUAAGAUGUAUUUCUAUAAUGGUAAAUCUCUAUUCAAUCAUUAGAAUCUACAAACAUAGGUAAUUUUACUUAAUUUUUUGAUGAAAAGAAAUAUCUUCAUCUAGAACCUUAUGGCACUCCUAAAGAAAUUGAUCACUUUAAAAAAUGGUUAAGAAGUAUAUUUUCAUUAAAAAUGGUAAUCGAUUUUACUAUUAUUCAGGUUCCUGUAUAUGUGGUUGUUGCUAACAUCAUUAUGCAUUUAUGGCAAUAAGUAAGAAAAAAAAGAUAAAUCAGAAGCAAAAAGAGUAAAAUUAGAAUUAUAUAGAAAAUUAUUAGAGCAAUAAGAAAGAGAGUAGUACUUCAAGAUAAAAAGAGAUUGA